GACAGUGCCGAUAGGGAAGUGUCUCCCGCUGCAGCCAGGUUUCUCUGUUUCUAUCCCGAUCCGAUCCCGAUCCCGAUCCCGAUCCCGCCCUCGACGAUCUAGGGCAGUCGGGCCGGAAUGGACGCGGAUCUCAGUGUUUCUGCUGCCAGCGCGGCGCCGGAGAGCGAGGUUGCGCGGAAGCGCAGGGUCCACGGCAUGCUCAAGCAGUACUAUGGGAUCAACGACGAGGGGAAGGUGGCGGCUGUGGCGGCGGUGGCGGCGACGGCGGAGGAGGAGGAGGAGGAGGAGCCCGAGUCCCGGGACCCGUGCGACAUCAACGGGCCGCAUUUCGACCCGGAGCUCUACCUGAACAAGCUGAGGAAGGAGUGCUCCUUGACUGAACUCAUGGACCAGGAGAGCCUCAUGGUGAAGCAGAUCCGCUCCCUGGACAGUGACAUGCAGACCCUCGUCUACGAGAACUACAACAAGUUCAUCUCAGCCACAGACACAAUUAGGAAAAUGAAGAACGAUUUCAAAAAGAUGGAAGACGAGAUGGACUGCCUGUCUGCCAACAUGGCGGCAAUAACCGAGUUCAGUGCGCGGAUCAGCGGCACGCUGCAGGACCAGCACGCGCAGAUCACCAAGCUGUCCGGGGUCCACACUCUGCUUCGGAAGCUGCAGUUCCUGUUCGAGCUCCCGGCGCGCCUCAACAAGUGCCUGGAGCUGCAGGCGUAUGCGCAGGCCGUGAGCUCGCACAGGCGCGCCCGUUCCGUCCUGCAGCAGUACAGCCACAUGCCCUCCUUCCGUGGCAUCCAGGACGACUGCCACGCCAUCAUGGAGCAGCUGGCCCAACGGCUGCGCCAAAAGUUCAGGGAUGGCGGUUCAAGCGCCAAGGACCUGUCGGAGUGUGUUGAGCUCCUCCUGCAGCUGGACGAGCCCGCAGAAGAGCUCUGUGACAAGUUUCUGAGCCACGCGCAGUCCCGGCUGGAGGCUGACCUGCAGGGGCUGGAGGCGGAGCUCCGAGAAGCGGGACCUGCGUCUGGGCCGACUGCGCUUCUCGAUCCGUCCGGCAAACCAUCCGCGGCGCCGGUCGCCGGUUCUCCCGCUGAUUCCGUCUCCCCGAUGACCAACCCCUUCCUGUCUCCCACUUCCAGGAUGGACAUUUUAGAAUUCAUUGACAGAGGCUGUAACGAGUUUGUCAGCAACCUGUGUCUGGUCAUCGCCUCCUAUCAGGAGCUGUUCAUCAACCGUCCACAAGAGGGCGACUUGGCCUCUAAAAACAUUCCCCAGAUGGCCAGCGGUAAACUCCACUCUUUCGUCGACUCCUUGGCCACAAGGUACUUCUCCCUGGUGGAGCGUAGAAUUCAGGAGGAGAAAGGGGUCGGGGACAACUCCCUACUGGUUCGGGCUUUGGACCGCUUCCACCGACGGCUCCAGGCCAUCUCCAAGCUGCUCCCUGGCUCCGCGGUGCCAAGCCAGGGAACGGAGAUCGUGGUGCAAGCGGCCAGGGAACGAAUCAGGCAGUACCUCUCGGCCCUGCAGAGCUUCUAUCUGGACAGCCUGACCGAUGUGAGACAGGCUUUGGCUGCUCCCCGCCUCUCCGUGGGCGGCUCUGCGGUCCCGGCUAGCGGGACUCUCCUGGGGAGCUCCUCUGGAGGGAAGGACGCCGCGCCGAGUCUGCCGGAGCUGCUGUCCUCUCUGUCGGCGUCCAUUCUGAACCAGAUCAAGUCGGUCUUGGCCUCAGUGCACCUCUUCACAGCCAAGGACAUCACCUUCUCCAACAAGCCGUACUUCAAGGGAGAGUUCUGUAGCCAGGGCGUGCGCGAGGGCCUCGUCGUGAGCUUCAUCAAGUUCGUGUGCCAGUCCUCGCGGCACUUCUGCGAGAGCGCUGGCGACAGGGGCGGCUCCACACCGCCUGCCCUCCUGCUGCUCCUAUCGCGGCUCUGCCUCGACUACGAGACCUCCACCAUCUCGUACAUCCUCACGCUCACAGACGAGCAGUUCCUCGUUCAGCACCACGUCCCAGUUACUCCAGUCACAGCCCUGUGUUCGGAGGCCCGUGAAGCAGCGCAGAAACUCCUCAAUCACUAUGUCAAGGUCCAGGGUCUGAUCAUCUCCCAGAUGCUGAGGAAGAGCGUCGAGACGAGGGACUGGGUGAACACCAUCGAGCCGCGGAACGUACGUGCUGUCAUGAAGAGAGUGGUGGAAGACACCACCUCCAUCGACGUCCAGGUGGGCUUGCUGUACGAGGAGGGGGUCCGCAAAGCCCACAGCAGCGACUCCAGCAAGCGCACUUUCUCCGUGUACAGCAGCUCCAGGCAGCAGGCCCGCUACGCCCCCAGCUACACGCCCAGCGCCCCCAUGGACACCAACCUUCUCAGCAACAUUCACAAGCUCUUCUCCGAGAGGAUCGACAUCUUCAGCCCUGUGGAGUUCAACAAGGUGUCGGUCCUGACUGGCAUUAUAAAGAUCAGCCUGAAGACCUUCCUGGAGUGCGUGCGUCUGCGUACGUUCGGCCGCUACGGCCUCCAGCAGAUCCAGGUGGACUGCCACUACCUGCAGAUGUACCUGUGGCGCUUCGUGUCCGACGAGAACCUGGUGCACUUCCUGCUGGACGAAAUUGUGGGCAGCGCAGCCCACCGCUGCCUGGACCCUGCGCCCAUGGAGCAGAGCGUCAUCGAGGUCAUCUGCGAGAGGGGCUAGAAGCCACUGGUCUUGGACGGCGGACGGGCGGAGGGGGCCUAGAGAUGGGAAGGGGUAAAGGUCAAAAGGAUGUAUUUAUUUCUCACUGUCCCUAGGAAGGAUGGAGAAGAGAAAGGAAAUCCACUUUUACCUGCAGAAACAUGAAACCGUAUUCGAAAUACUUGAGUGUACGACUGGCAGGACACCACAUGGGUCAGUGAGAGAAGUUAUUUCACUACAUUUUUUAAAGGGGCAAACAGUUCGCAAUACACUGUUGGCUACUUCCCGAAAUGUAAGAGGCCAUCAACGUGGCGAUGUGAAUGUCUGCGGGGCUGCUGGAAAUCGUCCCAAGGCUACACGAAUGACGCGGUCUCAGCAGUAGGUGAAACGCGGUGAACGCAGUCCACUCCUAAUUGCACAUUUCCUCCAAUUGAAAUAUAUAAUAAUUUUGAUCGUGAAGUAACGGUGUUGUACUGGAUCUAUAGGAUGAAACAAAUAAAAUGUCUGUCGAACAUUGAGUGUUAUUUCAAUACAGAGCGCACCUCCUAUGUGAUUCCCAGCUAUGUUGUCACACACGAAGCUCUUUUUUUUAAAUGCACAGCAUACUCUUAUCAUAAAGCAAUGUUUUUAUUAAAGUGCCAUGACAACACCUAUCUAGUGCCACAUAUUUAUCAUGGCUGUUUCCACCGCUGUGAUGUUUCCACUUCUGUUGUCAUUUGACUUUGCUAUUCAAAUGCACAUUGGUGUAGACAAUAAUAUACAGAAUUUUAUUCAAACGUUAUUCUUAGGAGGGAAGCAUUAAUAAAAUUGUCUGGUUGAGCGCGCGCAAU